GUUUUGCUCAUAAAUGUCCCAAAUAUAACCAAUGGCUUUUCAAACUUGGGGGAUACACCAAAAAAAGCAUGAACUCGUUUCUCUCAUCUCAAAAGCUCAAGACUUGCUGCUAUUCAUCUCACUCUGCCCUUCACAUCUCUGCCGACUUAGCUGCUCUGCUACAAGGUCGUAUCUCCCACUCUCAUCUCCUUCAAAUCCAUGCCCAAAUCUUUGUUCUUGGUGCUCACCACAACGACUUGAUAGCCACUCGUCUCAUUGGCCACUACCCAUCUCACAUUGCUCUCCGUGUCUUUCAUGGCCUCCGAAAACCCAAUGUGUUCCCUUUCAACGCCAUCAUCAGGGUCUACUCCGAACAGGGUCUCUUCUCCAAUGCCUUCUCCCUCUUCAAAACCCUGAAACAGAGCUCCCCUUCGCCCAAUGACUUCACCUUCUCUUUCCUUCUCAAGUCGUGUAGCUUUCGUUGCGGGGAUUCUGUUUAUGUCAAGCAAAUUCACACCCAUGUUGUGAAGAUGGGCUUUCUUCGCAACGAGUUCGUCUGUAAUGGCCUGCUUGCUGUGUAUGCUAAGGGACUCAGGGAUUUGGGUUCUGCACGCCAGGUGUUUGAUGAAAUGCCUGACAAGGGCGUGGUUUGCUGUUGGACGUCUUUAAUUGCGGGUUAUGCUCAGUCAGGGAAGGCUGAGGAAGCUUUGCGGUUAUUCGUGGUGAUGGUUGAGGGAAAUUUGCGGCCGGAGGAUGAUACAAUGGUCAGUGUUUUAUCAGCUUGUUCGAAUCUUGACAUGUCAAAGAUUGAGAAAUGGGUUUUGAUUCUGUCCCGAGUUUUCGACAAUGUGGAUUCUAAGAAUGUUGGUUCGGACUCCGUUAACGCUGUACUGGUAUAUCUGUAUGGGAAAUGGGGGGAAAUAGAGAAGAGCAGGGAAACAUUUGAUGGAAUUUCUGACAGUGGGAAGCGAAGUGUGCUGCCUUGGAAUGCUAUUAUCGGUGCAUAUGUUCAGAAUGGUUUUCCUGUGGAGUCUUUAAGUGUUUUCCGUGUAAUGGUGGGAGAUCCCACUCGUAAACCUAACCAUGUUACUAUGGUCAGUGUGCUUUCAGCUUGUGCUCAAGUUGGCGAUUUAGAGCUUGGUAGGUGGGUUCAUGAAUACUUGAAAUCUAAAGGAAAUAGAGGUGUGAUUGGAUCAAACAGAAUUCUAGCCACUGCAUUGAUUGACAUGUAUUCCAAAUGUGGGAGUUUGGAGAAGGCAAAAGAGGUUUUUCAUCAGAUGGUGUCGAAAGACAUUGUUUCAUUCAAUGCUAUGAUCAUGGGUCUUGCAGUUAACAGUGAAGGAGAGGAAGCCCUCAGGCUAUUCUCAAAAAUCCAAGAUUUUGGUUUACAACCCAAUGCUGGUACCUUCCUUGGUGCUUUAUGUGCAUGCAACCACUCAGGUUUUUCAGAGGAAGGGCGUCAAAUAUUCAAGGAUAUGACCUCAGGCUUUUCUAUUGCACCUAAAUUAGAACAUUAUGCCUGCUAUAUUGAUCUCCUUGCCCGAGUAGGCCUAGUUGAAGAAGCUCUCGAGGUUGUAACUUCCAUGCCUUUUGAGCCUAACAGUAUUGUGUGGGGUGCUCUGCUUGGAGGUUGCCUGCUCCACUCUAGAUUAGACUAUGCUGAAUAUGUUUCCCGUAAACUUGUUCAAUCUGACCCCAACAAUACCGGGGGUUAUGUCAUGCUGGCUAACGCAUUUGCGUCUGAUCAUCGAUGGGGUGAUGUCUCUUCUCUGAGGCGGUUUAUGAGGGAAAAGGGAGUGACCAAGCAGCCUGGCUGUAGUUGGAUCAGCAUUAAUGGUGUUGUGCAUGAAUUUCUUGUUGGAUGCUCGUCACAUUCUCAAAGUGAAAGUAUAAGUAGCAUACUAAAUGGAUUGGUGAAACAAAUGAAGAUAGCAAUUGACAUACUAUGAGACAUUUAUGUUAAAAGUAUACAUCAACGAAUGCUGAAUAUAGGGCUUUGCCUAGAACACAGUUUUGACAUUUGCAAAGAAAAAGAAUUGAAAAAUAAACAUCAAAAACAUCAGAUGUUGACUUACAAGGAUGUCGCUUAAAAGUGCAAAUAUAUUCAAAGUCUCCUCAAAAGAUGAGUUUCACCCAAAGCUGGAGUAGUUACUGAAUGCCCAUUGGAGAAUCUGGGGAUUCGAGGCCUGGGUAAAGUGUGUCCUGAGGUUCAAAAUAUAUUCUCCAUUUCCAUGCUCAUUUAUCUUGUAUCAAAAGGUAUGCACUAGCAUAUAUGGAAUCUUCCACUGUAGGAAAAGUAGGAAGUGAUGUCCAAGUGAAGGUGAGAGUAAAUUUACCAGAAUCUUCCCUUUUGGUUGUGAAAUUUUCUUCUGCAUUGUUUAGAAGCUCAAAAUUUCCCAAUACAAACCAAACUCCUUUAUUAUGAUUGAUAGAACCUUUUGACAGAUCUGAAUUCUGAGAUAUCAUAUAAUUUCAAGCAAAAGGGUUCAAAUCUGUUGUGUCAUGUCCUGCUUGCCAAUGAUGCAAUGAUGGUUCAUGUUUUUAUGAUAAUGCAGGUGAAGUCUCGGAGGGUGCCUACUGAGCUGCCACAUUGCUGAAUUUCAAUGAGUGGCGGAGUCGGCUAUGGCAAAGGAAGUCAUAGGAGAAGAGUCCGGGAAAGACCGAGAGUUUGGGGUCAAUCAUUCUGAAAAAUUUCUGAUGAUCAGUUCUACAAGUUUUUCAGAAAAAUGACAUAAGGAAAAGUGGAAAGUAAAGGCUCUAUGAUGCGAUCAAAGCCUGGUUCCUAAAGAGUUGAACGUAUUACGCAAUAGGGCAACUUGCAUUGGAUCUUAUUCAUGUAAUUAAUACUUUUAAUAUUUGAAUCAGAUGCUUUGUUUGUGUUUCAAGGGCGUCUCACAUCUUCUUUUUCCGUUUCUUGAAGAAAUUCCAUGAUGUCAAAAGGAAAAAUGCUGAACUUCAAAUGCAAUACUUGUAGGGGAAGAAAAGAAUGAUUUGCUGGACCAUUUGAGAUCACUACAACGAGAAAAGGUAUGUGGAGCUCCCGCAUAGUGUAUUCAUGUGAAUUGAAAGCAUACACCCAAGGGACAUGGUGCCUAAACCCCGUGGGAAGAGUAUUAUAGUCCUCGAGAAGUACAUCUCCAAUGAUAUCAGGACUCUCCCAACCACAUGUACUCCUCAUCAACACCACUAACAAGUGGGUCGUGACAUGUUGGAGAUGGUGCGUUCUGAUUCCUCUCUUAAUGAAAUACCAAUAGCAAUACCAACAAAGAAAGCCAGUAGUCAGUAUUUCCAAACGACCUUUUGAAUUCACUCACUCACUUCACACCAAAGAAA